AUGCUUUAAUAGGAUCAGAGAAAGAUGAUUAUAAAUCAAAAUAAUUAAGAGAAAGUUAAAUUGUGUCGACCAAGAUCCAUUUCAAAUAAUGCAAUAUCAUUUCAUACAGAAACAUAAUAAUAGCAAUUUAAGACUGAUAUAGCUACAAAUCAUCAAACAUCAAUUAGUGAAAUUAAAUAAUUUAAUUUAAAUCAAAGAAAUAACUCUUUUAUUUAAGGAGUAGAAAAUAAUACCAAAAUCAUUAAUUAGCAACAUCAUUAUGAUUUUUAUAGAUUAAUGAAAAAUUUUCAUUCAAUGCAAUAUACAAAUAAAAAAUAAAAAGAAAUCUAAAUUUGUUCAAAUCAAGAUAAAAAUAAAAUAGUUUAAGUAAGAGAAGCAUAAUCUUAAGAAAAAUAACCAAAAAUUAAACAUAAUUCAUAAACAAGAGAAAUAUAAUAAGAUAGCAACAAUAUUUAAGAACUUUUGAGAUUAAAUAAAACCGAGACAAUCAAUAGUAAUAAUCUUUAAAAAAAUGAAAAUAAUAGAAUAAAUAAAUCUAAUAUCAGAGAGAGAAUGAAAAAUUACCCUUAAAAAUCAUCCAGUCCUUAAAUUAUAAACCAUACUAGACCUAAAUCAUCAAUGGAAGAUAAAAUUGUUACUAUAAUGUCAUUAUAGUUAAAGGAUAUGAAAGAAAACAUAUAAUCUAAGGAUAUAUAACAGAUAUGUUAUGAUAUUGGUUAUCAUGCAGUAAAAUUUGAAAGAGAUUAUGAUAAAAUAAACAAUAUAUAUAAUGGUUAAGGUUGGUUGUAAAUAAGAGGAAAUAGUAAUGAUAAUAAAUUUAUGAAUUUAUAAACAAAUUUAAGCAAAAAAGGAAUAAAUCUAGGGGAUUAAAAUUAAAAUCUAAAAGAUUUUAUUCCAAACAAAUAUUUGUUAAAAAAAUAGGAGCACUCAUAAAUGGAGACUUAACCUAUUUUAAAUUAAGAUGAAAAAUUGUUUAAUAAUUUUUUAAAAUUUUAGAAAAGAAAGAAAGGAUAAUUUAUUUGA